CCGGGGGCGGCACGCAGCGCCGCGAGGGGACGGCACGGGCGGAAGCCCCCCCGCCCCCGAGCACGCACCGCCGCGGCCCGCGGGCCCCCCGCCUGCCGGGCCCCGGGACUAAUCGCCGGGAGAGCGCGCCGGCCCGGGCCGCGAACUCGCCAAUUGUGGAGGGCGUCGGCCCGCGCCCAAUCGGGAACAGACAGGUGCGAGGUCCGGAAGGCGGCGGCCAAUCAGCGGCGGUUGCGAUCCGUGGGGGCAGGCCCCGGCCAAUGAGGACGCGCGAGUGACAUCCAGGCGCACCAAUCGGGAGUAAGGGAGCCUGCCCGCCCGCCCGCCCUUCCGGCCCGAGCUCUAUUUACCAGGGGCGUGCAAGCCGCUUGCCAAUCGGAUCGCGGCUGCGCGGCCCGGCAGCCAACCCCGGAGGAGCGGCCGGCCGGCGUCCGCCGCACCCAGGAGUUGGGGAUGUCCUACAAACCCAUCGCCCCCGCCCCCAGCAGCACCCCCGGCUCCAGCACCCCCGGGCCCGGGACCCCGGUCCCUACAGCCGGGAGCGUCCCCUCGCCGUCGGGCUCGGUGCCGGGAGCCGCGGCCCCUUUCAGGCCCCUGUUUAAUGACUUCGGGCCGCCCUCCAUGGGUUACGUGCAGGCCAUGAAGCCUCCGGGCGCGCAGGGCUCGCAGAGCACCUACACGGACCUGCUCUCCGUCAUAGAGGAGAUGGGCAAGGAGAUCCGGCCCACCUACGCGGGCAGCAAGAGCGCCAUGGAGCGCCUGAAGAGAGGCAUCAUCCAUGCCCGGGCCCUAGUCAGAGAGUGCCUGGCGGAGACAGAGCGCAACGCCCGCACGUAACCCGCUGGGACCUGCCCGCCUGUGCAGCUGCCGCCGUCACCGCCGCCUGGACGUCUCCCGGCCACCGCAGGGCGUCUGCUUCUCCCUGGCCUUCACCCCGAGUCGCACUGCCCAGCCUGGGCCUCCUGACCAGUGUCCGGCAGUGGGUGCCCUCCAGAAUCCAGGGAGCAGUGCUUCACAGGGACCCCCACCCCGGUUAGCUGCCCGGCCGUGUGCGUCCACCACCCCUACCCCCAGACCUGCGGACAGUGGUGGAGGUGGUGGACACUUGCUCCUGGCCCCGUCCCCACCACUGGCCCUGCCCCUGCCCCCUCCCCCAGCCGGCCCUGCCACCUCCCUGCCUUGUCUCCUGGGCCACAGUCACUCUUUUCUCAGUGUGUCUUUUGCUAAAUAUGCCCUUUUUUUCUAUAAAUAAAGGAUAAUUUGGA